AUGUCUGAGAGGAGGUGCUCUCCAGAGGACGACUGCUCCUCUCUCCUGUCACGGCUUGGCUCUGACUCUCCUCGCCCUCGGAUGAAGUAUGGUGGGAUGUUUUGUAAUGUUGAGGGAGCGUUCGAGAACAAAACUCUGAACUUCGAGUCGUUCAGUCCUCAGACACAGCGACGCAGAACCACUCGCGCCCACAGCCAAGAUGGAGGUGAUGCCACCAGAGGAGGAGGAGGACAGACAGUGGUGUUUCCAUCUGGACUCGCCCGGGAAAGCUACGGAAAGAGAGAGGGUGACCGUCUGAUCAUCAAAGGAGGAAAGAUCGUCAAUGAUGACCAGUCGUUCUAUGCCGACGUCUAUGUCGAGGACGGGACUAUAAAACAGAUCGGCGAGAACCUGAUUGUCCCUUCUGGUGUGAAGACGGUGGAUGCAUAUGGUCAGCUGGUGAUCCCCGGAGGAAUUGACGCCAACACCAACCUGCAUGCUCCACAGAAAGGCAUGAACCCGGCCGACGACUUCUACCAGGGAACCAGAGCCGCCCUGUCCGGAGGAACCACCACUAUCAUUGACCACGCACUGGUGGAACCAGGGACUAGUUUACUGACAGCAUUCGACCAGUGGACGGAGACGGCAGAGCAGAGGGCAUGCUGCGACUUCUCCCUCCAUGUGGACAUCACCCGCUGGCAUGAUGGGCUGUACGAGGAGCUGGAGACACUCGUCAAAGACAAAGGUGUGAACUCCUUCCUCUUCUUCAUGGCCUACAAAGAUAAAUAUCAAAGCUCGGACUCCCAGCUGUACGAGGCGUUCAGUGUCCUUCGGGAUCUUGGAGCUAUCGCGCAGGUCCAUGCUGAGAACGGUGACAUCAUUGAUGAGGAGCAGAAGAAGCUUCUGUGUCUUGGCAUCACUGGACCUGAAGGACAUAUUUUAUCUCACCCUGAAGAGGUAGAGACUGAGGCAGUGUAUCGGGCCAUCACCAUCGCCAAACAGGCCAACUGCCCGCUGUAUGUUACAAAGGUGAUGAGCAAAUCUGCUGCUGAUGUCAUCGCCAAAGCCAGGAAGAAAGGCAUGGUGGUGUACGGGGAACCAAUCACAGCCGGCCUAGCCACCACCGGCUCCCACUAUUGGUCUAAAGACUGGGCCACCGCUGCUGCCUUCGUCACGAGUCCGCCCCUUAACCCUGACCCUUCAACUCCGCAGUACCUGACCUCACUGUUAGCAUGUGGAGACCUCCAGGUGACUUCUAGUGCUCAGGCCAGCUUUUCCACUGCUCAGAAAGCCGUCGGUAAAGACGACUUCACUUUGAUCCCAGAGGGAACCAACGGCAUCGAGGAGAGGAUGUCAGUGGUCUGGGACAGAGCUGUGGCCACAGGGAAGAUGGAUGAGAAUGAGUUUGUUGCAGUAACAAGCACCAACGCUGCCAAGCUCUUCAGCAUGUAUCCACGGAAAGGACGGAUUGCUGUAGGAUCUGAUGCUGAUAUUGUCAUCUGGAACCCAAAGGAGACACGAACUGUUUCAGCAACGACUCAUAACCUGAACCUGGAAGUCAAUAUCUUGGAGGGUAUGGAAUUUCGAGGUGUAGCAUCAGUGGUGAUUAGCGGCGGCCGAGUUGUUCUGGAGGACGGAAAACUCAAUGUGAUUGAAGGUUCGGGACGCUUCGUUCCCAGAAAGGCCUUUCCUGACUUUGUGUACAAGAGGAUCAAAGCCCGCAGCAAGAUGGCAGAAGCUCGCGGUGUCCCUCGUGGAAACUACGAUGGUCCAGUCCAUGAUGUCAUCAGUAUGACUAAAUCAGUCCCACCCACUCCAACCAGCAGGGGCCCUUCUUGUCCAAAAACCUUGACCGGGCCCCGAAAUCUUCACCAAUCAGGAUUCACCCUGGCAGGAGCUCAGAUUGAUGACCACAUACCACGUCGCUCUGCUCAAAGGAUUGUGGCACCUCCUGGUGGACGAUCCAACAUCACAUCAUUAUCCUAAAACGGAAAGAAUGAAACCCUCACUUUGAGUCUGUCCAACAGUCCUGAAGUGUAACCUUACAAUUAGUACUACAACCUGUAACUUCAUCAUAAACUCCAAUGCAACCCUAAAAAACCUGCAGCUGUAGUACUUUAACUAGUGCUGAAUCCUACGAACAACCCUACAGCUAGUCUUAAAACAUAUAAAUCCUUAAAGAAAAACAUCUGACUCAGUAAUUGUAUGUCUAUGAGUAUCAAACUCAUCUCCUCUACAAAUGGUACUAAAUUCUAAAGCAAUGGUAUUCCAGCUUGUAGAGCAAUGUUAGUACAACUCUAUAAAUACUACUGUGCCCUGCUUACAGUGACCUACUUCACAUGUGUAAGAUAGCAGUACUCCAGUAUAUAAAAAGACCAAGUACAACAAAGACUGCAAGUUAUGAUGCAAGUAUUACACCAGACUGCAUGGUACUUCUACGAGUACUAAAACUACCUGGGAUCAAAGGUGGGCUCUAAAAUUUUAUAACAUUUGUACUUUAGCUAGUAUUUGACCCAUUAACAACCCUACAGUUACUAAAUACCACAUCAGUGGUAGAGCUGUUAGUAUUUUGCCCUAAAACUACGUAAGACUAGUUUUACACUGUACAGCUCGUACAGUACUUUACCUAGAACUACAACCCUAUAACACUUUAACCUACAGCAACUAUUGAAUCCUUCCACAGUAGAACUCCAACUAGAAACUCUACAGUGUUAGUGUAACUAGUACUACAGGCUGCAAACAUGGUACUGAAUGUUUUUGGUAUUCUCAUCUUCAUCUCAUUGUUCAUCACUCCACCUGUUCUGUCAGCUCUGAUAAAUGCAGUAGUUGUAGUGUCAGUUGUAGUAGCAGGAGUAUAACCAAACAUUUGUGCUUUCAUUUAGUGCGCUUUCAUUAGGACACGUUCACGUCACUUCAUCAUUAGAAAAACUGAUGACGUAGCACCAGGACUCCUUUCAGAUGAGGUUUCUGUUUCAGCUGGAACCUCCUCUGGUUGUUCCCAGAUGUUUUUCUUACCUGUCUCUAACAGCUGGCCAUGUCAAAUGCUUUUUCUUCUAUUGUUUGUUAGAUACAACAUUGGCCUUGGAAAUGCUAUCGAGUGCCCUUGUACUUACUACAUUUAAAGAAGGUCUGAAAGUCUCAGAAUUAAAAACUUUUUUAGAUUCACUCAGAUUUCUCUCCUCUGACUGUGAAUGGUGCUAAGAAAUCCAGAGAUAGCCUGCAGGUAGCAAUCCCUUCAAAGCCCCGCCUCCUAUAGGAUGUUAACACAAUUACACGUGAUAUCUUCACAACAAAUACAGUCUGAUCUGAUCAUGGACUGCAUAUGCUCAGUACAGUUUCUGACUCCUUCAUUGGACUUAACAUCACAUAAACACCUUUAUCCUUCUUGGACAGAGUCAAACACCAGGCCAGGCGCAGUCAUCAGCUACCAUUAUUUCCAUGAUCAGAUCCUGCUGUAAAUACCCACCAUGACCUCUGACCUUUGUCCUUUGAUGACCUCGGAUUUUUAACAGUGUAUGUGACUUGUACAAAGUUCAUUUUGUAUUUUUUACACUUUUUGUAUCCUGGAAGUGUUAGCAUCAGUGUUAGCAUCAACAAGCUCACAGUUGGGUGUCCAUGCAGCCCACAGUGGCCAUGUUGGUGGCGAACAACUGCUGUGGUAACAACAUGUUGUUGCCUAGUUCAGAUUGCUUCCUCAUCUGAACUGCAGCUGGUUUGCUUACUAUAAAGCCUUUAAAUGGAGGGAAACUGUUAGCUUAGCAUAAAGCCUGGGCUCCAACAUGGCGGCUGUGUCCUGCAAUCUGUUUCUGUUGCAGUUGGUCAUGUUUCCAUCCUCAUAGGUGCACUGGAGCCAAGAUGGAGGACAUGAACUCCCGGUGUACACAGUGAGCAUCAUCAUGGCGACAGUGUUUCUGUUGUUGUUGUUGUUGUUGUUGUUGUUCUUGUUGGCGAAUGAAAAACUUCUUCCAGAUGUGAUGAGAGCUGCAUGAAUAAAUUAGUAUGAGAAACACUGA